CACCAGCUUAUCAAUUUAGGCGCAGGUCUGGUCACACUUGUGAAAUUAAGCAAUAACUUUGCGAACAGAACAAAAUAUGCAAUAGUUUAUUGAAGCAAAUCAAUAAAAGUCCCUCCGAAAUGCUGUUGACACUUCGAGUGCAGGGACCUCGGCAAUGGGUAAAGUCAACCCGAUUCCUGGCCAGCAGCGCUGCCCCGGAGAAGUCGCCAUCCGCCCAUUCGCAGCUGGAGGUCAAUGGGAGCACGUACGCCACCGACGGAUGGACGAAUGUAACGCCCAAGAUGCUCUCCUAUCUGGGGGCCAACAAGCACCUGCAGAAGGAUCACCCGCUGUCCAUCAUCCGCCAGCGCAUCGUUAACUAUUUCUACGGAGCGUAUCGUAACCAGCGGGGAAAUCCCCUGUUCUCCGUCUACGACAAACUUAAUCCAGUGGUCACUGUGCAGCAGAAUUUUGACAAUCUACUGAUACCCGCUGACCAUGUGAGUCGCCAGAAAUCGGACUGCUACUACAUCAAUCAGCAGCAUCUGUUGCGCGCCCACACCACCGCCCAUCAGGUGGAACUGAUCUCGGGCGGACUGGACAACUUUCUGGUGGUGGGCGAGGUGUAUCGGCGGGACGAGAUCGACAGCACCCACUACCCGGUGUUCCAUCAGGCAGACGCCGUGCGGUUAGUCACCAAGGACAAGCUAUUCGAGCGCAAUCCCGGACUGGAACUGUUCGAGGAGACGUGGUCCGGUUCGGUGGCCGAUCCGAAGCUUAUUCUGCCCUCCUCCAAGUUCAUGGACCAGACCAAACAGCCCUGCCACACCCUGGAGGCCGUCAAGUUAAUGGAGCACGAGAUGAAGCACGUGCUGGUGGGUCUGACGAAGGAUCUGUUCGGUCCGCGCAUCAAGUACCGAUGGGUGGACACCUAUUUCCCCUUCACCCAGCCCUCGUGGGAGCUGGAGAUCUACUUCAAAGACAACUGGCUGGAGGUGCUGGGGUGCGGCAUCAUGCGCCAUGAGAUUCUCCAAAGAUCCGGCGUCCAUCAGUCAAUUGGCUAUGCCUUCGGAGUCGGUCUGGAGCGUCUGGCGAUGGUGCUGUUCGACAUACCCGACAUUCGGCUCUUCUGGUCGAAUGACAGUGGCUUCCUAUCGCAGUUCAGCGAAAAGGACCUGUACAGUCUGCCCAAGUACAAAGCCAUCUCCCACUAUCCGCAGUGCACGAACGACCUGUCCUUCUGGCUGCCUGAGGAUGUGGAGGUGGAUGCUGGCUUUUCGCCGAACGACUUCUACGAUCUGGUCCGCUCUGUGGCCGGGGAUAUGGUUGAGCAGAUCAGCUUGGUGGACAAGUUCAAGCACCCGAAGACGGGAAAGUCGAGUGUCUGCUUCCGCAUCGUCUACCGCCACAUGGAGCGCACCCUCACCCAGGCGGAGGUCAACGAGGUGCACAAGCAGAUCGCCAGUGCCAGUGUCGAUAGUUUCAAUGUGCAAAUACGUUAGUCAUAGUCUAGUUCUGUUUCAAUUUAAACCAAAAAAAAAAAAGAAAAACACCAGUAAAGUUAGCCAAGAAAGCCAGGUA